GCGGAUGCAUUAGAUUGAUGAAAAAAAUUCGUCCUUAUCGAUGUGAAAAGAAACCACGAGAAAAAAUUAUUCUGCCGCAGUUAUAUCGCAAGCCGACGGCAACGCCGAUAGACGCUCGCGAUUAUCCUCAAUCGACGGCUAUCCGCAUCGGUUCUCCGUCGCGAGCUCCCGCUCGAGGCCAGUACGGACCCAACGGGCCUACGCAAGAGGAACUCGAGGAGGAGAAGGAGGAGCCCGAUCGUCUCAGUCUUCUUCUACCCCAGAGCAGAUUCGAUUGCGUCAACAAGCAAACCGGCUACUAUGCUGACGAGGAUCUCAACUGCGAGGUCUUCCAUUAUUGCCAAGACAACGCCAAGCACUCUUGGAUCUGUCCUGAGGGUUUCACCUUCCACCAAGUGCAUUUAAUCUGCAUGCCACCCAGCGGCGACAUCAGUUGUAAGAAGAGUUCGCAAUAUCAUUUUGUCAAUGAGUAUCUAUACAAGCCGCUGAAUCUCCAAGAGGCCGAAAGCAAGCCCAAUGUUACCCUGAGGUACAGCGAAAGGUAUUACCCCUCUGAUAUUUACACGGAUCAAAGAGAGGUCGGUGACUAUCAGAUCACUCCUACGGCUGCUCCCACGCGUCGUCCUGCCCCACAGGUCCUUGUAAGUCCGCAGUCUCAAAGUUUGAACAGCAUUCCUACAUCGGUUCGUCCACAGCCCACAGGAGUGCCGCAGUUUCGUCUCCCGGUGAACCAGGUAUUCCACAGCCCCGAAGAAGUCAACAUCCCCCUUCAGCAUAGGCGACCGCAGCCGCAACAGCAGCAGCAUCAAGUUCUCAGACGAUAUCCUCAAAUUCAAUCCGACGAGGAGGACUACGAAUAGAUUCUUAUUGUUAGAAAUCUUUAGCUCUCUAUGAAUUCAACUCAUUCAUUCGAAUUUUUAGAUUCUUCACGAUUCUCUCAUUAAUCACCAACGAUAUUCGAAACACAUCUCUCGAAUCAUCUGAUAUUUUUUUCAAUUCCUUUCGCGCGAAAUCGACUAAAGAUCACGAAAUUCAAGAUACUAUAGAAUUUUUGAAUUAUUGGGCGGCGUUCAGCGGAGAAAACCGCUCAGUAGCAAUCGAACGCGAUUGGCUCUUACUUUUGAAACCAACAAAUCAACAUCGAGUGUUGACAAGACGAUAACUGAGCGACAUGCGCCAUGCGCUGCCGCGUCCUGCGUGCAGGAGCCAUUAGGGCGCGAUUUCACUUAACGUUUGUCGACGUUGUCGGAUGCGGUGAUUGGCUAUCAGAUAGAGAUUUCUUAGAAUCUCGAUAGAGAUUCUAGAAAUUCUCGAUUCGAUAGCCAAUCACCGCAUCCGACAACGACUGCGAUCCGAUACUUUCUGCCGAUAUUGAAAACCUAUAGUUUACGCCACUAUAAAUUUUCAAUACUGGCAGUAGAUAUCGGAACACAGCCAACGUUAGAGACUUGUAAAGAAAAAAAAAGCGAGAGAAACUGGUUGCAAGAUAAAAAAACGCGUAAAAAUUGAUUUAUUUAAAGUAUCGUUAAAUUAAUGAUAAUACGCCGAUAAUCAGCACGUCUUCUUUCUAAUUAACUGCUAAUUAAAGCUAAUUUAAUUAUUGUAAAUAAUAAACGAUCAAUAAUAAUUAAACGAUACGCUAAGUUUGCUUGUAUUCGUAGUAUGUAAUUGACUUUAAGAAUUGAUAAGUGAGAGGAUAGCCAAUAAAAUGUUGUUGCGUUAUUUU